AUGAAAAAGUUUGGUGACGGCUCCUCUAGACUCGCUUCUAAAGGGCGCGAGAUGGCAAUCGCAGACCAUCUCUUUCCUGCCGCUCCAGUCACCGACUGGGACCUCAUGCCAGAGCCAGCGAUCAGGAACAUCUUAGACAACUUCGACCCCGAUGCUGAUGAAAAACAGAACCUUAAACGUCAUUUAUUGGUUCAUGUAUCAACCUUCAAUGAGCGUUGUAAGAUUGUGUGUAUGUAUUGCUUAUCUAAUGGUAUAUCCAAAAAAUUUGUCACUCGUAAACUACUGCAGAAACAUUGUGUGAAGGAGCAUGAUGUGGAAUUACAAGAAGAAAUCAAAACAUUUACUUCAAAGUCAGAAUUCAAUAAAUGGCAACUUGAUGUUCAACGAAGUACUCAGUGUCGAUUUGUUUCUACUCGUGGUGAUAAUAAAGUUGCAAAUGGUGUGAAAAAAUUGUAUCUGAAUUGUCACCGUGAUGGUUAUUUUAACAGAAAGUUGAAUUCUAUAAGAAAACUAAAAAGUCAGGGUUCCAAUAAGAUUAAUGCAACAUGUACAGCACAAAUGGUUGUAUCUGAAAAUCUUGACGGAAAAGUAAAGGAAGGCGUCCCUUUUGAUACGAUUCUUGAUCAAAUUCGAGAAUCGAUCAAUGAUAUGUAUGUAGACAAUGCAUUGGUGUGUUUAGGAAAACGAGAUAUUUGGAAUAUACGACGUGAUUUCCAGUUACAUAAAGGCCGUCAACAUACUAAUGAUUUUAUCAGUGUUAAGUUAUGGGUUGAAAAAGUUCAAGGUUUAAAUGAGAAGAACCCAGUCCUUUAUUACAAAGAACAAAGCCAAGAAAAAAUUAAUUAUUCAGCAAAUAAAGUACAAGAAGAUGGUAACAUCAUGUUAGUUAUAGCAAAUGAUUUUCAAUUAAGUAUGUUGGAAAAGUUUGGUAAUGAUAUUAUAUGUAUAGAUUCAACACAUGGAACAAAUAUAUAUGAUUUUCAUCUAACUACUCUUCUUGUGGUAGACGAGUUUGGGAACGGAAUCCCAACAGCAUUCUGUAUAUCAAAUAAGAAAGAUACUGCUACUUGGGUUACGUUUUUUGAAAAACUACGUGAUCGUGGUAUUUUUCUCCAUCCUAAAGUCUUCAUGUCCGAUAUUGAUGACUCAUUUUAUAAUGCAUGGAGGACUGUCAUGAAAUCUGCUGAGAAAAGAUUAUUGUGUACGUGGCAUGUUGACAAAGCUUGGAGAACAAACCUUCAAGAGAAAAUUAAGAUACAAGAAAAGAGAGCUCUGGUGUAUAAAGGACUACGAGAUUUAUUACAAGAGACAAAUGUCGACAAAUUUUUUAAACUCGUGGAAGGCUUUCUAGUAGAUACUUAUAGUGACGAUGAUACUAAAGAGUUUGCUUCAUAUUUUAACAACUUUUAUAUGAAACGUGUUAAUGAAUGGGCUUAUUGCUAUAGAAAAGGAAGCUUUAUAAAUACAAAUAUGUAUUUAGAAAGCUUUCAUAAAGUUUUUAAAUAUUAUUAUUUAGAAGGUCGGAAAAAUAAACGUCUCGAUACAUGUAUUGAUGCCCUUUUAAAACUAAUUCGUGACCAAUAUUUUAAAAGGGCACGGAAAUUAUGCAAAAGUAAGCCUUCUAAAAUUAUGGAAGCAAUUUCACUAAGUCAUCGCAAGGCAAUAAACGGAGUAGUAACAAAAUUAACCCAAGUAUCUGAUAGGAUUUGGUUUGUCACAUCUUUUACUAAUGCAAACAUUACUUAUGAAGUGGUGAAAAUCUUAGAUGAGAAGGAAGCCUGCUCUGAUAGAGACAAUUGUUACUCUACUUGUAUUCCAUGUAAGAUUUGUAUUCAUACAUAUUCAUGUGAAUGUAUUGACUAUAUCAUUAAAAAUAAUAUUUGUAAACAUAUACAUUUCUGCGUACAAACAAGGAUGAAACAAGAUUUUGUUAUAUCCAAUAAUGCUGUAGAAGUAAAUAUAGACAACAUUGCUAUGUUGGAGCCCUAUAUUGCACCUGUUAAUCAUUCAACUUCAAAUGAUAAACUAUCUGCAAUUAAAUUAAAAGCAGAAGCCUUCCUCGGUUACUUAUCAAAAGGGACUCAUGUGGAUGCAGAUUUCACUGAUGAAACAUUAAGUUCCUGGUUCAGAAAGCUUGAUAAAAUGUUAGAAGAUAUUGAUUCUAAAAAUCAGUUCUCAAAACAAAAUAUUAGUCCUGAAGCUGUCAAGGAACCUGGAAACAAGAAAGUAAUGAAACAGGUACGAUUUUAUUCUACAAAGAAAAAUCAACGUCCAUUAACUUCAUUAAAUAUGUCUCUUCCUACAUCAAAUGAAAAGGUUAAUAUUGUGCAAGGGCUGUUGCGGGCCAGUGAGGAUAUUGAAAAUAUUCAUACCAACUUUGACCAUAAAUACGUAUAA